GCUGGGGCGCGUCGUCGUCAGUCGGUCCCGUGCAGCCGCCGCGCUCGGAGCUGAGCGCUCUUUCUCCGUCUGCCGCCCGUCUUCCCUCCGCCGCCGCCGCCGCCGCUUCUUUCUCGCCUCGAGUCCGAAGUCCCCCCCUUUCCCCUCCACGCGCCAGCGGAGAGCAUGGUAGAUUACCACACCGCCGGACAACCAGCCUAUCAGUACGGAGGCAACGGCCCGGGCAUCGGCGACUACAUGGCUCAAGAGGACGACUGGGAUCGGGAUCUCCUGCUCGACCCGGCCUGGGAGAAGCAGCAGCGCAAGACAUUCACAGCAUGGUGCAAUUCCCACCUUCGGAAAGCCGGCACGCAGAUCGAGAACAUUGACGAAGACUUCCGGGAUGGUCUCAAACUAAUGCUGUUGCUGGAGGUCAUUUCAGGAGAACGGUUACCGAAGCCGGAAAGAGGGAAAAUGAGAGUACAUAAAAUCAACAACGUGAACAAAGCUUUGGAUUUCAUCGCCAGCAAAGGAGUCAAGUUGGUGUCCAUAGGAGCUGAAGAAAUUGUCGAUGGCAACGCCAAGAUGACCUUGGGUAUGAUCUGGACCAUCAUUCUCCGGUUUGCCAUCCAGGAUAUUUCAGUGGAAGAGACUUCAGCCAAAGAAGGACUCUUAUUGUGGUGCCAAAGGAAAACCGCCCCUUAUAAGAACGUCAACGUGCAAAAUUUCCACAUCAGUUGGAAAGACGGUCUUGCUUUUAACGCCUUGAUCCACAGACACCGACCAGAACUCAUUGAAUACGACAAGCUUAGAAAGGACGAUCCGGUCACGAAUCUGAACAACGCUUUUGAGGUUGCCGAGAAGUACCUUGACAUUCCCAAGAUGUUAGACGCAGAAGAUAUUGUAGGCACGCUCAGGCCCGACGAGAAGGCCAUCAUGACUUACGUCUCCUGUUUCUAUCAUGCUUUCUCGGGGGCUCAGAAGGCCGAGACAGCGGCAAACAGGAUUUGCAAAGUGUUGGCCGUCAACCAAGAGAAUGAGCACCUGAUGGAAGAUUACGAGAAGCUGGCUUCUGAUCUUCUGGAAUGGAUUCAGCGCACCAUCCCUUGGCUGGAGGACCGGGUGCCUCAGAAGACCAUGCAAGAGAUGCAGCAGAAGCUGGAGGACUUCCGGGACUACCGACGGGUCCACAAACCCCCCAAAGUGCAGGAGAAGUGCCAGUUGGAGAUCAACUUCAACACCUUGCAGACCAAACUGCGACUCAGCAACCGGCCGGCCUUCAUGCCCUCCGAAGGAAGGAUGGUGUCGGAUAUCAACAACGGCUGGCAGCGCUUGGAGCAGGCGGAGAAAGGUUUCGAAGAGUGGCAGCUGAACGAAAUCCGGAGGCUGGAAAGAUUGGAUCAUCUGGCUCUGAAGUUCCGUCAGAAGGCCUCCAUCCACGAAGCCUGGACCGAAGGGAAGGAGGCCAUGCUGAAGCAGAAGGACUACAAGACGGCCACCCUGUCUGACAUCAAGGCCCUGAUCAGGAAGCACGAAGCGUUUGAGAGCGACCUGGCGGCUCACCAAGACCGCGUGGAGCAGAUCGCGGCCAUCGCGCAGGAGCUCAACGAGCUGGAUUAUUACGACUCUCCCAGUGUCAACGCCCGGUGCCAAAAGAUCUGUGACCAGUGGGACUCCCUAGGGUCCUUGACCCACACGCGGAGGGAAGCGCUGGAGAAAACGGAGAAGCAGUUGGAGACCAUCGACCAGCUCCAUCUGGAAUACGCCAAGCGAGCCGCGCCCUUCAACAACUGGAUGGAAAGUGCAAUGGAGGACCUCCAGGAUAUGUUCAUCGUCCAUACCAUAGAGGAGAUAGAGGGCUUGAUUGCUGCCCACGAUCAGUUCAAAUCCACGCUGCCCGAUGCCGACAGAGAACGAGAGGCCAUCUUGGGCAUCCAGAGCGAAGCGCAGAAGAUCGCAGACUACAACAACAUCAAACUCUCCGGGAACAAUCCGUACACUUCGGUCACGCCUCAGAUCAUCAACGCCAAGUGGGAAAGGGUCCAGCAAUUGGUACCCAAGAGGGAUAGCGCCCUUCAGGAUGAGCAGAGCAAACAGCAGUCGAAUGAACGUUUGCGCCGACAGUUCGCCAGCCAGGCCAACAUCGUGGGGCCCUGGAUCCAGACCAAGAUGGAGGAGAUUGGGCGCAUCUCCAUUGAGAUGAACGGCACCCUGGAAGACCAGCUGAACCACCUCAAGCAAUACGAGCUGAACAUUGUCGAGUACAAGCCCAACAUUGAUGUCUUGGAGCAGCAGCACCAGCUCAUCCAGGAGGCCCUGAUCUUCGACAACAAGCACACCAACUACACCAUGGAGCACAUCCGGGUUGGAUGGGAACAGCUCCUCACCACCAUCGCCCGGACCAUCAACGAGGUGGAGAAUCAAAUCCUGACCCGAGAUGCCAAAGGGAUCAGCCAGGAGCAGAUGCAAGAAUUCCGGGCCUCCUUCAAUCAUUUUGACAAGGACCACGGCGGCUCCCUGGGACCCGAAGAGUUCAAGGCCUGUCUCAUCAGCUUGGGAUACGAUGUGGAGAAUGACCGACAGGGCGACGCAGAGUUCAACCGGAUCAUGAGCGUUGUGGACCCCAACAACAGUGGCGUGGUGACUUUCCAAGCCUUCAUUGACUUCAUGUCCCGGGAAACAACCGACACAGACACGGCUGAUCAGGUCAUUGCUUCCUUCAAAGUUCUGGCUGGAGACAAGAACUACAUCACGGCAGAGGAACUGCGGCGAGAGCUCCCUCCAGACCAGGCAGAAUACUGCAUUGCCCGGAUGGCACCUUACCAGGGUCCCGACACCAUUCCCGGAGCCCUCGACUACAAAUCUUUCUCCACGGCGCUGUACGGCGAGAGCGACCUGUGAGAGGAUGGCGGCAGCGGUGGCGGCAAGCGCUGGCACUUCUUAGGAAGGGAGGAGGGGAACGCCCAUUCCGUUUCCUUCUACACCGUAUCUUCGUUUUCUCUCUCUUUUCUCUUUGCCUCUUCCUCUCACUCGCACACAACCACGGGACUAUACUUCUUACCCCCACCCCCACCCACCCCGCUAUCUUUUCACUGAAGACGAGAAGCUGCCUCCUCAUUCUUUCUUUUUCUAUUUUUUAAAAAAUUGUGACUUCUAAGAGCACGGUUACCUAUGCAAUAGCCAUGGUUUCUUUGGCCUCCCAAUAACAAGACACCCCACCUCCUCCCCAGCCCCCCCCCCCCCCGAGGGCUCAGCAGCCCCCUUGAUAAUUGCGUUGCUGUGACAGGCAGGAUAAAUCAUGGGUGUCGGAGUGCCAAGUCCAGCAAACAAGCAUACAGUUUGGGAAGGGGGGUUGUUCAACUUAUAUAUAUAUAUAUAUACAUAUAUAUAUUUCUUAUCAUGUUCAAAAAGUAGGGGAAAGCUUCUUUAAAGUCUGUCCUCCCGCCCCCUGCUUCCUUUCUCAUUCUUUUGUUUUUAAUUUAUGUAGCUGGUAGGCAGGAACUCGGCAGGAACUAAACAGUGCUGGUGCGUGGAUAAUAGGGUGGUCCAGCGGGCACCCCACUUUUCCGUGGAUGUGUUUUAAUGCAGAACAGGAUUCUUGUCCCCCUUCCCCUCUUAGCUUAGGCACUUCCUCCCUCAUCCUUCAGCGCAAACACCUUCCUUUGCGGUCUUCAAACUCAUUACCCACUUUUUAAUUCAGCAGCGCCAAAGCUGCUACCCCCUUCUUCACCGUGUUCAGUACAGUAGCGAUGCACAGUGGUUGGACCUGCGCAGGGGUAUCUCAGGCACACGAUGACUCUUUCCCCCCCCCCUCCAGCCCACCUGGUUGAAAUACAUUCCAGGGUGGCGGGUGCUUCUAACAUUCUGCCUUGGAAGAAGUGGGCUAUCUUGGGAUUCUGAUCUCAAAGUUAUUUGGGUGGAGGGCACUUCUGGCUUACACACACACAACACAUAGGCAAAACAAGCCAGGAUUUGCUUGCAAAGGUGGCCUCGGGUUUCCCAUUUUUACCCACACUCUCUCUCUUCUCCCCACUCCCCAUUCUGGGGCAGUGACUUAAGAUAAAGGAAAAGGGAAUAUUCACCCACGGGGCAUCCACUGUUAUUUUGGAAGGGGGCAUUCUUAAGGAGAUGUCUUAAAAGAGGGAAGCUUUGGCUUUCCCUUCGUGGGGGCCACGAAGGAAGCCGACACAAAUGUCAGGUUCGCAAAACAGGGCAGAGGGAAGCCAGCAAAACUUUCAUCAGGAAGUUCUCCGAACCUACUCAGCUACUCCUAUUAUUAUUAUUAUUAUUUUUUGGUGGGGAGGGCAGCAUCAAACCGAGUCUUCCUUCUCCUUUUCUCUUUGCUCUGAAUAACUCUUUCGAUCCGUCGCUUCACCCUCUUAGGUCUAUUUUGUAAUUCCUCCUUCAUCAUGGUGCAGGGUUUUCUGAGGACCAAAUUCAAAUGCAAAAGAGAACCGUGCAAAUCUCAAUUAUUAUUAUUAUUAUUAUUUUUAAAAAGAGACACGGCAAGUUGGUUGCAAUCUAACAACAAUCCAGGUGGUUAUUAUUAUUAAAUAUAAAUAUAUAUAUUCCUCUAGCAUUGUAUAUUGUUAAUUGAUUAGGGGAGGGGGGAGACAUUGUUUCUGUCCCUUUCCCACCCCCACCCCCACCCAUUUUCAUCACGUAAUUAAGGGUUACAGCUGCCUCUAGCACCAAAAACUAACAUUUCCACACUGGGUUUUUUUUUGGGGGGGGGGAGUUAGGACGGCAUCCUUUCAGUUUUGUUUCCCUCUUCUUCUUUUUUUGCCAUCAGGAAAAAGUUUAAUGACUUAUUUUAUUGCAGUUGCUACAAAAAUCUGUCUUACCAAGGGUCAAACCCUGACAUAAUAAGGAGUAACCAGGUUCUCUCUGCCUCUACUGGCCAUCAAAUCUGUUCUAAAACUUCCAACAUUUCUGAAGAAGCAAUUCUCCUUGCUCUUGGGAAACCAGACAAUAAAAUAUAAUAUUUUUAAA